AUGCAGGAAUACAAGGUUGUCCCGCUGGGCCAGAAUUAUUUUUGGAUUUCUUUCCUGGUGCUUGCAAGUUUUAUCACCUUAGAGGUGUGUGCUCAAGGGUCAAACCGCCUGAAGCUGACGGUCCUUUCGGAAGACAGAUUACAAAUGAAGUGGAAGGAAUCCGAAGGAAACACCAAUGGCUACAAAGUUCGUGUAAAGCCAAUGGCAGGUGACCCUGAACAGGAAGUGAUGUUGAAAACCAAGAUGGCAAAAGCAACUGUGGGUGGGCUGAGUCCCACCAAAGAAUACACUCUGCAGAUCUACAUCCUUAAUGGCUCCCAGGAGGCCCUCUUUGUCAAGAGGAAAUUUGUGAUCGAAGAACUGAAAAACCAGUCCCAGGCCAGAAGCCACAGGAAGCACCCCACCAGAAAAGUUGAGCCAGGGAAGAAAAGGCAAAACACUCCUCUUUUGAAGCCAGAUGAUUAUAUGCUCAACGCCGAGCCAACAUUGACACUGUCAACCUUGCCAAGUGUAAUAGAGUUUGAAGAGGAUUUUCUGGCCCGAAGGAAAACGAGCAGCGACAGCUUCAGGAAAGUUUCCCAGUUCCAGUGUGAUACCUCUGCUAUGACGGAUAUCAUCCUGCUGGUGGAUGGAUCUUGGAGUAUUGGACGCAACAAUUUUGGACUGCUUCGAGAAUUCCUGGUGUCUUUGCUGGCGCCUUUCAAUAUUGCUGAGGAUAAGAUCAGAGUAGGCUUGUCCCAGUACAGCAGUGACCCACGGACAGAGUGGGAUCUGAAUACUUAUUCCACCUGGGAUCAGGUGUCCGAAGCCAUUCGGAAUUUGCGCUACAAGGGAGGGAACACUUUUACAGGUUCAGCGCUGACUCACGUCCUGGAGCAGAACCUGAAGGAAGAAGUUGGCGCUAGGCCUGAAGCGUCUAAACUGCUCAUCCUUUUGACCGAUGGCAAAUCUCAGGAUGAUGCCAGCCCACCCGCCCAGAUCUUGAAGAAUAUGGGAAUCAAGAUAUUUGCUGUUGGGGUGAAAAAUGCCGAUGAAGCAGAGCUGCGUCAAGUGGCGUCCGAACCCCUUGAGAUGACCGUCUACAAUGUGGUGGACUUUCCUCUGCUCCGUUCUCUGGUCAGCCGGCUCACUUGGAUCUUAUGUGCUUGGAUCAAGGAGAAGAACCAGAAGAACAUAGGGGACCCUUUGAAAACCAUGCCAGCGAAUUCCGGGAUCCACUUGAGUCCAACUAAUCUCCUAUUAAAAGAUGUCACUUCCAGAAGUAUGCAUCUCAUCUGGAACUCACCAGUCAUAAUACCCCAAAGAUACAGAGUGGUCUAUUAUCCUUCUCGAGGUGGCAUUCCCAAAGAGGUUAUUCUGGAUGGAGCCACCUCGAGUGUAGAGCUCCUCAAUUUGACACCGCAGACAGAAUAUCUGGUUUCAGUCUUCCCUAUUUACGAGAAUGCUGUAGGAGAUGGUCUGAGGGGCAUCAGUUCUACACUACCUUUGUCUGCGCCCAGAUCUCUCAGAACAUCUGAGAUUAACCACAACAGUAUCAAGCUCACGUGGGAACCAGUUGAAGGGGCCACGCAGUAUCUUAUCCUGUCUUCGUCAACACCCAACGGUGCUGAAGACGAUACAAAAGAGCUGAAAGUAGAACAGCCGGAAGUAUGGAUCAGGGGCUUGACUCCCAGCACUGAAUACUCACUAGCAGUUUAUGCCAUGUAUGGAGAAGAUGCUAGCAACCCAGCAAGUAUUCAGGAAACUACUUUGGCCCUGAGCCCUCCAAGGUAUUUGCAUUUCUCCAACAUCAGCCAUAUGUCGACCUGCGUCAACUGGGAGGCAGCUUCACAACCUGUGAAAAGUCACCGAGUUAUGUAUUCCUCCAGUAGAGGAAGCAACGUGGGUGAGGUGGAGGUCUCUGGAAAUGUCUCCUUUGCUGUGCUGAAGCCCCUCUCCUCACUGACACAAUACUUUGUCCGUGUGGUCUCUGUUUAUGAUGAAGGCAACUCGUUUCCAAUAAUGGGCAAUUUUACGACAUUAAAGGUGCCCCCACCGAGCCAGCUGAAGGUCACCGAGCUCUCCAGAAAUGAGGUCCAACUGGAAUGGGAAGCAUCCACCGCUUCUGACGUGGUCCUUUACCAGAUCAAAUGGAACGUGCUUGGAGAAGACACAGAACAGGAGAUACCCGUUGCUGGAAACUUGGCAUCUUCUGUUUUGCCUGGUUUGAAAGAAAAUACCGAAUAUAAGAUUUCCAUCUGGGCCUACUACAAAGAUGGCGCUCAAAGUGACACCGUUUCCAUUUGGCACAGAAUCUCUGCCAAGAACCCACCCACAAAUCUCUAUGUGGAUUCGGAAACCCCCAGCAGCCUUCGGGUUCACUGGACUCCUCCUGACGCAGCAGUCCAGCACUACAGAAUCAGCUACAGCCCAGAACGGAGUCACAGCAAGCAGCAGGACACGAUAACAGUGUCUGGUAGGAUCCAGUCCAUUGUUCUCCAUUCUCUUCUGCCUGCUAGAGUCUAUACAGUGACCGUAAUUGCAGUCUAUGUUACAGGAGAGAGUGACCCUGUGUCUGUCAUUGGCCGGACAGCUUCUGUCUUGGCUCGAUUGCCCAGCGUGAAAGAAUCUCAGUUCUUCAAAACACAGGGCUGCCCUUCGCUUCGGUCCACGGAUGGCCCCCUACAAGGUUUUGACAUGAUGGAGGCAUUUGGACUGAUGGACAAGGAAUAUGCCUCCAUUAAGGGGAUUGCUAUGGAACCUUACAUCUUCUUGGGAACUCACACCUACACCCUCUACAGAGAUAUCCAGCUAACCCGGAAAACAAGUGAGGUGUUACCGUUUGGACUUCCAACUGAAUAUACCAUUGCUUUCCUACUCCGCCUCCUGCCAGAAAGUCCCCGGGAGGCCUUUUCUAUCUGGCAGAUCACAGAUGAGGACUUCCAGCCACUUCUCAGCAUCAUUCUUGAUC